AUGGCGCGGGUGGAACUUUUCGGGAGCCUUUUGGGCCUUUUGAGCCUUUUGGGCCUGUUGGGCCUUUCGGGACAUUUAACCCUGGUGUCUGCAGAAUCCACCGACUGCGACCUCCGAAACUUAUGGGACUCCCCAACUCCCAACAAAACCAGUGAAAGUGAAAACUUCGUCGAGGUUUCCCCGGUUUUGUCAAGGGGUUUCAUAUCGACUACGAAGCUUCCCAUCUCCUCCACCAUACACAACGUUGUGUCCCACGCAGUUAAGGAACUGAUACCCAGUGUCGAGGAAGACAAAAGUAUUGAGACGGUGAUAGCCGAGUAUGACAAUUAUGGGAAGCUCAAAGUGACACACGGGGACUUCGACAAAUGUAUAGUGACCACCAGUACUAAUGUCACGUUUUCUCUAUAUCCACCGAAGGAUGUUCCCAAUCAUAUCCAAUAUUCCACGUUUUACGUAUCCUCGUGUUCGGUGACUUUAUCGUACACUCAAAUCGAGCACGCCGGGUUGUGGACGAUCAGGGCAGAAAAAGAUAACCUCAUGAUACUGGAGAGAAAGUUCAUGGUGUGGGUGAAGAAGUACUCGCGGAUUAUUCCUGAUGACAGUAUAUACGUGUACCCAGGCAAUACCAUUGCCGUCAGGCUCGGGGAGGAUGUGAAAAAUCUGACAAAAUGCGUCAUAAAAAAUUCUCAGGGCACAGAAUUCACCCCGGAUGACAAAGGCAUAGAAAACGUACGUGCUUUUGGUCAAUGCGGUAUCCACUUAUCUGCAAAACCUGAACAUUCUGGAACAUGGGAAUUUACCGCAAUUGACGGGAUCAAGGUCAUCUACUCGGCGAAAAUGAAAAUCAAGGUGGCCAAGACUAAUCUAACGGCAGAAGAUGAAAUCGUUUAUCUGAAAGUCGGUACCAAGAAGACUUUAAAACUGACUAGAAGCGGCAUAAGAUUCUGUCAAUUUACAAGACCGGACGGAGUUGUAUUGCCUAUUCAAAUUGGCAGUUGCGAAUACGACAUACCUGUAGUUACCGAAUUUCAUAAAGGUAACUGGACCGCUCGGUACGGCUUGCAAGGAACUCUGGGCAAUUUCGAAUCGAAGAUCGACGUGCGACUUUAUGAUAUCCCGUUCUUGAAUACCACUCUCACGUACACGCCUAAUGGGGACAUCAAUAUACUUUGUAAAAUUCGAUCGGAUCGUUUGAAAUCGUGUUUCUUCGCUAAACCCGACGGUUUGAUCAUUCCCGUCCAGGCUGGAAUUGGAAACAGCAGAUACGCCUACUAUGGAGAUAAUCUCGGCUCGGAUUAUGGGAGUUCUGAUAUACAGGACUGUGGACUGACGAUCAUCAACCCUUCGAAGGAGGACUACGGUCCUUGGAAAUGUAGAUUCGACAUCGGAUGGGCAUAUCACCCAGGAAAAGUAAUUCACGUCCACACCUCUAACGACACUUUCAAGACAUACGGCCACAACGUGACUGUCAAACGCGGAAACUCGUUCACGGUCAGGUGUCGAACGAAUACCGCUCUUCGUUAUUGCUGGUUCCAAAGUCCCGAUGGAAAGGCUUACUUUCGUUCGGAUGACAAGAACCCUCAAUUACCGCACCUUCGCGCAAUAAAAGCCGAACUUUCCUUGGGCGAUUGUGGGGUCACUGUCAAUAACGCUAAUGACAGUGACAUAGGCCUGUGGACAUGUCACAUGGGCACGACAGGUGGAACCGAGUUGACCACUCCGUUGUCGGUCAAAAUGAUAGAUGACAGAUUACACGCGGUGGAGAAGCGCGUACUUGUUGUCUCGGGAAUCGCGACUUUGACAUGUCACGCAGCUCUUGAGCACAAGAUUAUUGAAUAUUGUUUAUGGAUUCGUCCCGAUGGCCUUGGUAUCAACGAUAAUAAUGUGCAUUUGGGAUAUUCCCCCAAAAGGAAUUUCACAUAUUGUCAGCUGGACAUUACCGGGGUGACCAACAACGACAUCGGACAAUGGAUUUGCGUGGCAAGGAUAUCUUCUUCCCAAGAGGAAGAAAUAGCAUACGUCGAACUAGUACGUGAGACCGACGUCCCGAACGGGAGAAACACUUUGUUAAUUGUUUCCAUAACAGUGGUGCAACUCGUCAUCGCGGCGGUUAUCGGAACGGCAGUAGCACUCAUAUUCUUAAAAAUAAGAAGGAGGAGAUUAGGAAGAGGCAAUAUACGCGAGGUAAACGAGAACCUACCGACACAGUACGAAAACGUGCACAAAGUUCCACUAUAAAGCUUACCAAUUUUACUUAAUCAUGUAUCGAUUGGGUACCAACACUGAUAAAUAUGCCCAUGUAAAUUUACAUACCCAAUCAUUGGUUAUUUCAAUGCCACGAUAAAUUGCAGUAAAAUUACAUUCCCUCUGUAAUAUCACAUUCAGCAUCCGAGUUAAAUCAUAGAAAAUGAUAACGUAACAUUACAUUAAAUUCAAGUAAAUCUGCACCAAUACGGUAAAUCCACAAUGUUAGGUGUAUCUAUACAUUCUCUAAUUUGUAACUCUCCCACUUUACGUUUUUUCACGUAAAACUUAAGUUAUGAAGUGUGCCAAAAUCUAUGUAAAUUUCGAUGGAUUUUUAUCAGUGAACUCUACUUGACGGGG